AGAGGUCUGAGGAGACCUGGGAGUCGGCAGGCCUGAGCUCACCCCUGGGCUCUAAAAGCCCACCGUCUUCUCCGCCUCUCCCCCAACCCCUCCUCCUGUCAGCAUGGCAGCUCAAGACUUGGUCCCAGGAGUCCAGGCCCAGGAGACAGAAGACUCGGAGGAGCACAGAACAGCCCCCCUAGCCCUGGCAGAGAUGUCCGGUGGAGCCGAGCUGCAAUGGCCCUGGUACUUGGAGUCAAGGGAAAAGGAGGAGCCGAAGGAGUUCCAGCUUUGGCUGUGUGAUGCACACUCCGGGCACUCUCCCGGUGAGACUGUGGCUCAAGUAGAGGCCAGUGGCCCGGAGGUGGCCUCACGCCUGGUGGCUCUGUAUGGGCAGCGGCAGGCCUGGGACCUGCCCCUCCUCACCCAGAGGAGGAUGGACCUGAGCAGGGUGAGCAUCCGGGCCCACAGAGAGGCAGCCUCCAUACCAAUCCAAGUUUCCUCACUCCAUGUCUCCCCGGGUAAACCCAACCUGGAGUUCUCCAGUGCGCCCAGCUCCACCAUGGUGCUGGGGCACCGGGUCCCUGAGGCCCCGGGGCUCCUCCAAGACUCACAGAGAAAGAAUCUGAGACACUUGCCUGGCACAUCUGGACACACCUGGAAAGAAAACCCACCCUCAUUCCCUUUCCAAGAUUUUCCAUACUCCCCAGUCUGUGAGUCACCAAGCCAGGAGUCACCCAAUGCCCCCACGUCCACAGCGGUGCUAGGGGGCUGGGAAUUCCCACCUCAGUCCAUGCUGGCGUGCAGAAAGCAGGAGCCUCCCAGGACUGCGUGGCCUCUGGCUGAAACAUCGGGAAAACACAGCACAGGAAUCAGAGAAAGAUACCAGAAGCAAUGGAGAGAGACGCCCUGCCCCACACAGUCAAGGCAAAAUGAAGAUUUGCACCAAAAAUUCGUGCAGCUACUACUUCUACACACAUCUGACCCCGGAAGCCAUGAGUCCCUGGUCAGGAGAUGCUGUCCUCACGGGGUGGUAGAGGAGGAAGGACAUUUGAUUGAGAUUGGAGACUUAUUUGGCCCGGGCCUGGGUACCCAGAGAGGGCCUCACACAGUCGUACUGCAUGGGGUUACUGGAAUCGGGAAGUCGACACUGGCCAGACAGGUGAGAGGAGCCUGGGAGGAAGGUCGGCUGUACAGGGACCGCUUCCAGCACGUCUUCUACUUCAACUGCACAGAGCUGGCCCAAUCCAAGCCAGUGAGUCUUGCCAAGCUCGUGGGAGAAGACUGCGCUGCCCCAGCGCCUCCCAUUCGGUCUCAGCAGGAAAAGAUGCUCUUCAUCCUCGAUGGUUUAGAUGAGCCAGAAUUGGUCCUGGAGGAGCAGAGGCCUCUCUGUGAGGACUGGAGCCUACGGCAGCCAGUGCCCAGAGUACUGCACAGUUUGCUGAGGAAAGUCUUACUUCCCGAGGCAUCCUUGCUGGUCACAGCUCGGACCCCAGCUCCACAGAAGUUCAUUCUUUCUUUGGAGCACCCACAUUGGGUGGAAGUCCUUGGAUUCUCCGAGUCCUCCAGGAAGGAAUAUUUCUACAGAUAUUUCACAGAAGAAAGCCAAGCAGUUCAAGCCUUUAGCUUGGUUGAGUCAAACCCAGCCCUCUUGACCCUGUGUCUCGUGCCCUUCGUGUCCUGGAUGGUCUGCACUUGCCUGAAGCAGCAGAUGGAGCGGGGGGAAGAACUCUCACUGACAUCCCAGACCACCACGGCCCUCUGUCUGCACUACCUUUCCCAGGCUCUCCCAGCUCAGCCCCUCAGGACUCAGCUGAGGUGCCUCUGCUCUCUGGCUGCUAAGGGAGUCGGGCAAGGAGAGACCCUGUUCAGUCUGAACGACCUCAGGAAGCACAGGUUAGAUGGGGCCUGCAUCUCCACUCUCCUAAAGAUGGGUCUUCUUCAAAAGCACCCCACCUCUCAGAGAUACAGCUUCAUUCACCCGUUUUUCCAGGGGUUCUUUGCAGCAAUGUCCUAUGCACUGGGGGAUAAGGAGAAAUGUGAUCAUCUUAACAGCACCAGACGUAUAAAAAAGUUGCUAGAAAAAUGUGAGAGGCACGACCCGUUUGGGACACCAACCACACCUUUCCUAUUCGGCCUUUUGAGUGAGCAGGGGAUGAGAAAGAUGGAGCACAUCUUCAGCUGCAAGCUGUCUCAAGAGAGGAAGCGGGACCUACUGCAGAAGGUGGAGGCAGAGGUGUGGCGAGGGCAUCCCUCCCUGCCACCAUACUCGCUGCAGGUGCUCCGCUGUUUGUAUGAGAUUCAGGACGAAGACUUCCUGACGCAGGCAAUGGCCCAUUUCCAAAGAACAAGGAUGUACGUCCGGACCAACUUGGAGCUCCUGGUGUUCACUUUCUGUGUUAAAUUCUGCCACCAUGUGGAGAGGCUUCAGCUGAAUGAGAGUGGACCACACAGACAGGCGUGGAGGCCCUCCAGUGUGGUUCUGUUGAGCCGGGCCCCAGUCACAGAUGCCUGCUGGAAGGUUCUCUUCUCCGUUCUCCAGGUCACUGGGAGCCUGAAGGAGCUGGACCUGAGUGGGAACUUCCUAAGCCUCUCUGCAGUACAGAGUCUUUGUGAGGCCCUGAGACACCCUCGCUGCCACCUACAGACCCUGCGAUUGGCCAGCUGUGGCCUCACAGCUGAAGGCUGCAAGGACCUCGCCUCCGGGCUGAGCGCCAGCCAGACCCUGACGGAGCUGGAGCUGAGCUGCAAUGUGCUCGAGGACGCCGGAGCCAAGCACCUUUGCCAGGGGCUGAGACAGCCGAGCUGCGUGCUGCAGCGACUGCUGCUGGUCAGCUGUGGCCUCACGUCUGGCUUCUGCCAGGACUUGGCCUCCGUGCUGAGUGCCGGCUCCAGGCUCACAGAGCUGGACCUGCAGCAGAACGAGCUGGACGACCUUGGCGUGAAGCUGCUCUGUGAAGGGCUCAGACGUCCUACCUGCCAACUCAUGCUCCUGUGGCUGGACCAGACCCAGCUGAAUGAGGAGGUGACAGAGAUGCUGCGGGCCCUGGAGAAGAACGCUCAGCUGCUCAUCCUCAGCAGAUGGAAGCCGAGUGUGACGACCCCUAACGAAGGCCGGGAUGGAGGAGAGAUGAGUGAAAACAGGUGCUCACUCAAGCGAUCAACCUUGGGAGGGGCCCCUCCAAGGUCCAGCCUUCAAGGGCUGGUGGAGACCAGACAGAAGAACCUAGAGCUGACCAUUGCCCUGCCUGUUCCAGAGAGCAGCUCCCCUCAAGUGGUACAGGUGCAACCCCUCUUUCUGCCUUUUCCUGCCUCUCCAGGGGACCCGCACGUGGAGCCUCUGGAGACCAAAGAUGACUUCUGGGGCCCCAUGGGUCCUGUGGCUACCGAGGUGGUUGACAAAGAGAGGAGUCUGUACCGAGUUCACCUCCCCAUGGCUGGCUCCUACCGCUGGCCCAACACAGGUCUCCAUUUUGUGGUGAGAGGGCCAGUGACCAUCGAGAUUGAAUUCUGUGCCUGGGGCCAAUUCCUGGACAGGACUGUCCCACAGCACAGCUGGAUGGUGGUAGGGCCUCUGUUUGACAUCAAGGCUGAGCCAGGAGCUGUGGCAGCUGUGUACCUCCCUCACUUUGUGGUCCUCCAAGGGGCCCAUGUGGACAUCUCCCUGUUCCAAGUGGCCCACUUUAAAGAGGAGGGGAUGCUCCUGGAGAAGCCGGCCAGGGUGGAGCCAUGUUACGCAGUCCUGGAAAACCCCAGCUUCUCCCCGGUGGGAGUUCUACUGAGAAUGAUCCAUGCUGCCCUGCCCUUCAUUCCCGUCACCUCCACCGUGUUGCUGUACUAUCACUUUCAACCUGAGGAAGUCACCUUCCACCUCUACCUGAUCCCCAACGACUGCACCAUUCGGAAGGCCAUAGACGAUGAAGAAAAGAAGUUCCAGUUUGUGCGAAUACACAAGCCACCCCCGCUGACCCCACUCUACGUGGGCUCCCGCUACACUGUGUCCGGUUCAAAGAAGCUAGAAAUAAUCCCCAAGGAAUUGGAACUCUGUUAUCGGAGCCCUGGGGAAUCCCAGCUCUUCUCUGAGUUCUACAUUGACCAUUUCGGGACAGGGAUCAAGCUGAAAAUGAGAGACAAGAAAGAUGGGACUGUGGUAUGGGAGGCCUUGGUGAAACGAGGAGAUCUCAGACUUACUGCGACUCCGGUCCCUCCAGCCCUGAAAGUCUCACCUUCACACGGACUUGCACCAGCCUCGCUGCACUUCGUGGACCGGUACCGGGAGCAGCUGGUGGCUCGAGUGACAUCGGUGGACCCUGUCCUGGACAAGCUGCAUGGACUGGUGCUGAGCGAAGAGCAGUAUGAGAAAGUGCGGGCUGAGGCCACCACGCCGAGCCAGAUGCGCAAGCUGUUUAGCUUCAGCAAGUCCUGGGACUGGGCCUGCAAAGACAAAUUCUACCAAGCCCUGAAGGAGACCCAUCCUCACCUAAUUGUGGAACUCUGGGAGAAGUGGGGCCAUGGAGGAGAGCUGGGGACUGCCAGCAAGCUCGGCAGCUGAAGUCUCAACACCACUGUGAGUCCUGGCUCGGCCUCACCACUCUUCAGGUCUCCAUUUCUUCAUCUUGAAACAAGGUGUCAUACGAGUUGCCUUCCAACCUUAAAGUUAUGGAGCUUUGAUGACAUCUUUGCUGGGUACCCACCCUGCCUCCCUUGGCUUUCACCUGCCGGCUGUCCAGGUGGGAUGGCAGCAUCUCAGGGAAUGUCCAUCUGGAGCUGGCAGGACUUCUGCAGACCUUGUAGAAGCCUAACCCAAGAGCCUGGUCUGGUGGCCACAGCAGCCAAGCCCAGAGCCCUCCCUGUGCCAUCCAGAUGCCAGGAGGAGCACGGGGGACAUGGGACUAGCCACUUCUGGCUGGAGACAGACAAUGAAAAUGGACACCUUGGGGGUUUUGAAUGGCUUGUGAACAGGGGCAAAAGCA